CUCAUGCUCUCAUCGCUGGGUCAUCGAAGGGUAGCCUGUGCGGCCACCUAUCUAUCUCGCGUCGCAGACGCGCAUCCUUGUACUCUCCCUCUCCCUUUCCUUAGCUUUCGAUUAGCAGAAUUGAGUCGGUAUUUGCAGCGCCCAGUGCCUCGCCUUGAUGCCACUUGUCUCUCACAGGCCUCAAGGACUUCCUCUUCCGAGCCAAGGUCUCUCGAUACCUACCCCCUACUACGAAUGCGGCUAGGGCAGGGAGACAGUAGAACACUUAGCUGUGUGGUGCCGCCAACUACCG